UUUUUAACACUGCAAAAAUUCAUAAUAUGAAUUUUAUGGUACUUUGCCAGCCCCUUUAAUAUAUUUUUAAGGCGUUUAAAGUUUACGACAUAUAACAAUACGACACUUACGACACCCCAAUUAUAUGUAGAAAAGUCUUAAGUUUUUUUUUUUUUUUCAAUAAACAAAAUUUGACCAAACUGAAACACUGGUUUCCUCCAACUAAGCCAUGGCUCUCUCAAUCUCUCUCUCUCUCUCUCUCUCUUUGUGAUUUCCCAGCCAAAAAUUUCUGCAUCAUUUGCUGUGCUUCAAAAGCUUCAGCAACAAAAUCAGUUAUAGCUCAGCGCUCGAAUUUAACAGUUUAGUGUGGCAGAGUUUGUCCGCAUAGACAUGAUAUUUACCCGUUCCACAAUCGCCCAAGCAAUCACUUAGUUGAUGAGUCUGCUAAGCAAUCCCAGCGUCGCAGUAAUGUAGUAAAACCAAGUAAAGUUUUGUAACUUCAAAACUGACUGAAACAAAUCUGCCUUGACAUGAAUAAACGCAUGGGCUAUUUGUUGAUAAUUUAGUGCAAAAAUUAAAAAAAAAAGUUAGUUAAAACAACAUGACAUGAAUAAGAGCUACUGAGUGGAAAGCACCGGGAAAUGUUUAAUAAAUAUAUGUACACAAAAACAUAGUACUGUGUUAAACGACUGCAUAUACAUAUGUACAUAUAUGAAAAAACUAAAGAGGCAAAAACAAAGCUUUAAUCGAAUCAUUUGAAUCGUUCAAAGGUUAACUUUUUGUGAUCGACAGCGUAAUGGCGAUAAUAGAGGCAGCCUAUACAAACAGUGUACGGAUUGAUACCGUGUUAUUGUUUGUAAAUAGCUGACGUUGUAAAAUAUCGAAAAAUAAAUUUAGAACCGGCUAAAGUGCAGAGGAAGUUAAUGCAAUCGCGCAACAAAAAUGCAUUCACAAAUGAAAAAUUCUCAAAAAAUCAUAACAAAAGCAAUUAUGAUUUCAAACGUUUUCUCUCACUCUUAAAACCAAACGAUUGAGAGUGAGAAAUCGUCAAUUACGACUAAAUUAAAUAUUGUGAUGAGAGUAUAGGGUUGGCAUCAGGAGAGAUCACAUUCCGGUGGUAAAUUAAAGCUAAUGAGAGUCGCCAUUUGCUAGCGCGGGUUGGAACAGAAUGGUCAUUCGUUAAAUUCGGCAUGUCGACCUUUUCAGCCCAUUGCGAGUGUGGUAAUCAAGCGACAACGGAAACAACAGCAUAUUAAAUGUUUUAUGACUUUGAAAACAUAAAUAACACAAUAAACAGUACAUGGAUCUAAAUUUGUAAUAGUCGUCGAAACGUAUCGGUGCAUUAUUAAAAAUUUAUAACUGAAAAUAAAAAGACUAAUAAUAUACUACUCGUAUAUAUGUACAUACAUACGUACGGAAAACAUUAAAUACGUACGCAAAGUGAUUAAAUAGAACAGAACAGAAUAAUUAACACGAAAGUAUUCAAUGGAAUUAAUUAUUUAUUAACAAAAAUAAAUUAAAAUAAAAUCAAUGUGUGCUACAUGAACCCAAAUUUACAUCUUUUAAGUGUUCGAAAGUACUCAUUCGUAAAUUGCAAAUACAUUUUGUUACUUUCCCAACAAAAUGCUCAUUUAUUUUAAGUUCGGAUUGCUCUUAAUAUUCAUACUCAGUUUGAGUGUUCAACAUACGCAAGCUGCACCUCCGAUACUAAAUCACAACUCAUCAUACGAUGACUAUCCAGAUGACUAUGAUUAUUAUGUUGAGAGCGAAACAGUUCGAAGUGCAGAGAAAAUUACAUUAGACAUCAUUAACCCAGAUUACCAUUCGAUGUCAACGUCUACUGUGGCUAACACAAUACCAACAACAAGUAAAUCAAAAACAUUCUUUAGUAUAUCAUCAUACAGUUAUCCACGCAGUAAUCAUGUGCUGGAGCCAAGCUGUCCCAAAGCCUGCCUUUGUUUAGAAGAAUACAAACAUAUAUUGUGCAAUGGCGCUGGACUGACACAAGUCCCAAAGGAUUUGCCGGUCACAUCUCUUCUCCUCGAUUUAAGUGAGAACUAUAUCGCGGAACUGCAUGCGGAGGAUUUUUCAAAUAUUACUAAAAUUCGUGAAAUCAAUUUGAGCGGUAAUAAAUUGAAAACGAUCAAUAAAGAGGUCUUUGUAGGAUUGAAAUAUUUACAACGACUUCGGCUAACUGACAAUCAACUGACACACAUUGAGCCCGACGCGUUUUUAGGCACCGAUCUAAGUGAACUGGAUAUAAGUAACAACACUAUAGUAUUGAGAAGUGAUGGUCCCUUUCUUACUCAGACGACUCUACGAAAGUUUGCAUGUCGUAAUUGCAGUUGGAGCCAAAUAUAUGAUGACACGUUCAAGGGUUUAGACGGCUUACAAUCUCUGAAACUGGAUCUCAAUGAUUUCGGAAAGAAAAUCAAUGUAAAAGCUUUUACGUCGCUGCAGAACCUUAUUAAAUUGCGACUGCCUGAAUUGGAAUCGGCAGAAGUCACCGAACUGUGUAAUUUACUAAAAACUAUUGACAACAUAAGCUUUAGAAACUUUGAAAUUAGCUGCUUUGAACUAGUACUGGGGACAUCAUAUAAUGAUAGUAUUACUCUGGUGACAGAUCCACCCUACCUGUCGACGGAGAUAGCCAUAGUACCAACAAAAGUGCCAGAAGAUACAACUACUGAAGCAACGCCGAAAAAGGGAGAAGCAAUAAACAAAGCAAGUGGCGUACAGAACAAAACGGCAAAGGCGGCUACGUCCAAACCAACAAAUACGGCAUCAAUCGUGAAACAGAAGGAGAUUCAAGAAGGAGAUACUAGGAUGCCUGAAGUAAACAACACUUUGGGCGUGACGACUACUGCGACAUUUUCGGUACUUGAAGAAAGUGCUAAUAACUCUCUAACGACGCCCAAAAUACUAACUGCCAGCAUUUUGGGCGGCCCUGGAGAUGCAGCAAAUAAAGUAGUUGAGAAUAUUACUGUCAAAUCGAUUGUUGAGACUGAGAACAACCAUCAAGUACAUAUUUCUCAGGAAAUGGUCAACCUCUUGCUUAUAUGUAUUAUUAUAAUAGCGAUUGUUGGAAUCAUUAUUGGCAUAAUUUGUCGCAAAGAUGUGGGCGGCAUUAAGACAAAAUGUUGUCGUACACGAAAACCUGAACCAAAGGAUCAAGUGCAUCCUGCCGAAGAAAUACCUUUAAAUAAACUAGCAUAACUAGAUGUAAUUUCAUAUUGAAAUAGGAAGAAUGUUGUUGCCAGGUGUGUGAAAAUAUACUUUGUCAGAUGAUUUUAGCUAAGUACUGGAAGCCUGCUUAAUAUGUAUAUAGUUUAUUUAAUAUUUUCAGUAUAAGCAAAAUCUAGAAA